AUAAAAAAAAAAUGGGACAUCUAUAUAACAUAGAAUAAUUGCACGGUUUGCGCUAAAUCAAUUUCAUCUUAUCAUGGAAGAAUACUUCGAUAAUGCGCCUUCUUUUAGAAUUUAUACUAAGGCUGAUACCGGUUACUCUCUCGCAAUCCGUGAUGGAGAAGUCAUUCUUAGUGAGGAUGAUCCAACAGAUCCAUUACAACACUGGUAUAAAGAUCAGAGGUACAGCGGUGAUGUGACGGAUGAAGCGGGUUAUCCAAGCUUUGCUCUCGUUAAUAAAGAAGCAGAACUGGCUCUGAAGCACCCUAAUAACCCCUCUGAAGCUGUGCAGCUCUCCUCAUUCGACCCCAACGAUCUUGAUGCAUCACUCUUGUGGACCGAGGGCGACGACGCAGGUGGGGGUUUUCGAGCAGUUAGGAUGGUCAGUAACAUUAACCUCAAUCUAGAUGCAUGGGGUGCUGAUAAAGAGGACGGAGGAGGUAUCUCCGAGGGGACCGGUGUUGCUGUUUAUGAAUGGUGCGAAGGAGAAAACCUGAACCAACUCUGGAGGAUCGAGGCCUACUGAUAUCUUGGCGUGUGAAUCAUGGUUGAAUGAGUUCAAUAAAUGGAGGUGAUCCUUGAUUUUUUUUUCUUCUUCAUGUAGCUUGUUAUGCAUGCUGUACUGUAUUCUAUCUCCCUCUGAAAAAGUAAAAGUAAAAGUGGGAUAUGUUAUGGCUAGAGCAUGUAUAACUUGUAUUUUUUAUUUUGUUUUUGUACCAAAAUAAACAGUGUUGAGGAGUGUCUAGAUGAGGUGUAAUUUAACCUUUAGCUUCUUGACUAGAAUAACAAUUUUCUUUUGUAAUCCAUGAUUUUCAUAGCUAUCAUCCAUAAUAUCAACGCUUCUAUUAAUUGACUGAUCA